AUGGCAAGACAGAACACAGCAAUAUAUCAAAAGAUAGCCGAAAAGAGAGCAAACUUGGAACUUCUACGAGAAUUCAAAACUUUAACUGAAGAACUAGCUACUGAACUAGAAUCAAUUGGUGACCGUUUAGAAACAAUGAAAGAUGGAACCAGUAGUGUCGCGUUGAUUCUUUCUAAUUGGCAACGAAUUAUCCAAUCCAUAUCGUUGGCAUCGCUAAGUUUAUUGAAACUGACAAAUCAUCCCCUGAAUGGGGUUGCCGAACAAGACGUGUAUCCCGAACCUUUAAUUAGGAUAAACUUACAAAAUGACGACGCAAAUGACCUGGAGAGCGACUUCAACGAUGAGGAAGAGGGAGAGGGGAAGUGA